GCGGCGCAGAGCAGCGGCGGCAGCGGCGGCGGCAGCAGCCACCCGAUGUCCGCGCCCGACAAGCAGCAGCCGCCGCACGGCGGGGGCACAGGAGGAGGAGGCGGCGCGGGUGGUCAGGCCAUGGACCCCGCGGCAGCGGGCCCCACGAAGGCUAAGAAAACCAACGCCGGCGUGCGGCGGCCGGAGAAGCCGCCCUACUCGUACAUCGCGCUCAUCGUCAUGGCCAUCCAGAGCUCUCCCAGCAAGCGCUUGACGCUCAGCGAGAUCUACCAGUUCCUGCAGGCACGCUUCCCCUUCUUUCGCGGCGCCUACCAGGGCUGGAAGAACUCUGUGCGCCACAACCUGUCGCUUAACGAGUGCUUCAUCAAACUGCCUAAGGGCCUUGGACGGCCCGGCAAGGGCCACUACUGGACCAUCGACCCAGCCAGCGAGUUUAUGUUCGAGGAGGGUUCGUUUCGCCGGCGGCCGCGCGGCUUCCGAAGGAAAUGCCAAGCGCUCAAGCCUGUGUACAGUAUGGUGAACGGGCUGGGCUUCAACCACAUCCCCGACACCUACGGCUUCCAGGGCUCCGGAGGCCUCUCCUGUGCGCCCAACAGCCUGGCGCUGGAGGGCGGCUUGGGGAUGAUGAAUGGCCACUUAGCGGGCAACGUGGACGGCAUGGCUUUGCCCAGCCACUCGGUGCCACACCUGCCCUCCAAUGGCGGCCACUCGUACAUGGGCGGCUGCGGUGGUUCUGCGGCCGGGGAGUAUCCCCACCACGACAGCUCGGUGCCUGCUUCCCCGCUGUUGCCAGCCGGCGCCGGCGGGGUCAUGGAGCCUCACGCUGUUUACUCCAGCUCCGCAGCAGCCUGGCCGCCCGCGGCCUCCGCAGCUCUCAACAGCGGAGCCUCCUACAUCAAGCAACAGCCACUGUCCCCUUGCAACCCAGCAGCCAACCCCCUGUCUGGCAGCAUCUCCACACACUCCCUGGACCAGCCUUACCUGCACCAAAACAGUCACAACGGGCCCGCAGAACUGCAAGGCAUCCCUCGGUAUCACUCCCAGUCGCCCAGCAUGUGUGACAGAAAGGAGUUUGUCUUCUCCUUCAACGCCAUGGCGUCUUCCUCAAUGCACUCUACCGGCGGAGGAUCCUACUAUCACCAGCAGGUCACUUACCAGGACAUCAAGCCGUGUGUGAUGUGAGGUGAGGCCAGGGGCCCUCCAGCCCAGCCUGGCAGGACCAGGGACCAGGAGCCCACCACCACAAACUGCCUUACUUCGGAGGUAUAACGUCUGCAGGAGAAAAGGCUCGUCUUCUCUUCUAACGGAUUAUUUGUAAAGAAAACCCCAACACAGACUGAGCGCUGUGGUCGGUGACUCCACCCCUGUCCCCUCACUAAUUUCUUUUUUAAAAAACCAAAA